CUCGGCUUCCAUCGAGAGGUGGAGAAGUCACGUGAUGAGAUUGCGAUAGGAGUUCCUAGAGAAAACAAAACAAAUGACAGAUGACCAGCCAAGAGAUCCUUUUCGUUUCGUGAAUCCGUGUAAUGUGAUGCAUUUGGACUAAGAACACAGGAGGGUAUAACAGACGGAUGAAGAUUAAACUGAAAAGUGAAAGUAGCGCAUAACCUGGUAUCGGCUAAGCCGCGCUGUAACGGAGCUUGUUUGUUGUGUUUAUCUGCACUGACACAGGUUGGCCCCUUCUUUCCGGGAAUUAACGCUACGUACAAAUAUUGCGGUAUUUCUCCUUGCUGUCGUUUAGUGUUGUCUCUAGCUGUCAGUGACAUGGCCACGAUGUUUUUGUUUACUACUGCUGACCGCUACUGACUCUUUUAUCUAACACCACCAGGAAAACAUCCUGAUUUUACGAUACGUCAACUCGUAUCGUUAAUGUUUCGUUAUCUGCUGUAGUUAUACUUCUGGUUAUAAAUAGCUCUCCAAGCAUUGUUUCAAUGUUAUUACAACGCUAAAGACAUUUGGUCAGUAGGCACCGGAUAUGGAGGCCGUCCGGCCAAAGAAGACCAAGACAAAAAACAGUGGCAAAUCUCAGCUUGCCAGGAAGCCUAAGCAAAGUGAAGAAAAAAGAGAAGCUAUACCCAUAAAUGUAGUGGAUGAAGCCUGCAUAUCAGAUUUCACUGACAUCCCCCUUAGUCUUCCCCACCAGGCAGAGACCCUUAGCCCUUCACAACAGCCAGAGGCCUCUAACCCACUGCAACAGCCUGAGGACAAACAAGAGGAACAGACUCAGUUACAGAGAGUCAAGUCUCAAGAUGAGUCAUGUGACCAGCAGUCACAAGCAUCAUCUGCAGUACUUUUAAAGUCUGAAGAUGAAUUAUCGAACAAAUUCUCAGAAAUGUAUCUCUUUGUUGAUAGUUCAAAAGAAGAGAUAAAUAAUGAUGUUGCAGAACUCACACCAAAGACACUUGAGCUGAAAUCAGAUGAACAAUCCUGGAGUAAAACUUGUACCUCCACACUAUUUGAAACCCCAACUGCCCCAUGUGCUUCUGCACUGUACCCAUCUUUACCCACCCUAGAGGAACACCAUGUAGUACCUUUCUGUGAAGAAGCAUCUAAAAUCUCUGGUCAAGGGCCUGCUGUUUUGGCCCUUGCCGAACAAGAGUCCUCCCCACCAAGUCUACAACCCAUUGAAAUUGUCACAGAUUUCUCAAGAAGUAAACUUUAUCCAGAAUUACCCAAAACAGCUCCGGAAAUUCAGCCGUUCUCACUUGAGCAGCUAAGUGUCUGGGAGCCUGGUGGAGGCCUGCGAUCAUGGCUAGAGGGCGUUGAAGUGUGUGCGACCCAGUUCUGUACUCUUGCUAGACAAGAAAACCACGAAUUGACUGAACUGUUACAGAACUAUUGGCGUUGUCGAAGACAACUGACACAGUCACAUGCUCAGCUGCACACACUGUCUUCUGAUUGCAAAAGCACACAGAACCGACUCUGGAGUUUCAGAGACGAACAGCUUACACUUCAGGGAGUGUGUGCAGACCAAUCUAAAGUAUGUGGAUACCACCGAUUCCAGCAGGCAGACUUUAAUGAAAAGGUUCUGAUUGAACUAAAAAGACAGUUUGAAACUCGUAGAGAGUUGCUUCAUCAAAAGGUGGCCUUGCAUGCUUACACUGCUCUACUCUCCCGUCUCCAAGUGGAGUCCUAUUUGUAUCGCCUUUUAAAAGAUUGUUCAUGCUCACGGAACCAGCCUUCAUCUCUUCGACCUUUAAAAGAAGCCAUCAGUGUUUUGUUUAGUUUUCUACGUAGAGUCCUGGAUGAUUCUCAGUUUCAGUCAGAUAUUCAUCAUUGGUUGGAAAGACUGGUUGGAGUCCUCCUUAAUGGAGGGUCAGGAGAACAUCUUUAUCUACUGUGCCAUUUGUUGUGCUGCCCUGCAGGAGUGGCAAAGUGGGCUGCACAUUUUCUGCAGAUUCAAGUUUGGAGGAAUACUUGUGGAGUACAGGACUUCAUGCAAGCCUUGUCCAUUUUUAUGUCCCCUGCUCGACAUCGAGAAGAAUUUCUCAGCCAUCUGAAGCCAUGUGAAAGUCAGAGUGCCACAUAUUCUGGUCCAGAAUCUGGGAACUGGACAUUAGUUGAUGAAGGGGGGGAAGAGGAUGAAAAUCCAGAGACUAGUUGGGUGUUGUUAUGUGAAGAAGAUCUAAUAGCUUUGCUCAACCAGUUUCCAUUCCAGGAGCUCUAUUCUCACAUGUUGGGAAUGAGUAAACAGGGUGUUUAUGAGCCACAAGCCUGUUCCAGUCAGAAAAUGAUGCGUGUGUUUGCAUUUGCUUCUGCCCUCAUUGAAAUACUGGCUGUUGGUUUGCAAACUUACAACAGAGCACGGUACAGACAGUUGGUCAAACGAAUUGGUCAUAUUAUAAGAAUGACAGUGUGCUAUGUAAGUGACCAUUGGGCCCAGCAUGUGAGUAUUACUGGUGAAGAGGGGUCCAACUCCCAAGUGCAUUCAUUUUCACUGGAGAAGUUACAGCUGGAAUAUGAUCACGUCUUUCUCAGAGCUGUUUUGCAUGUUCUCAGAAACAAGAGAUUAGGUAUUUGGUUGUUUAUGUCAGAGAUGCCCUAUGGGACUCUGUCCAGCUCAAUGCUAUGGAAGGUCCUGUAUGUCAUGCAGUGUGCAGAAACAGCAGGGGAAGAAACCAUGGCCUGUGCAAAAGAUACAAAUCUCUGCAUCCACGCUCUCCAAGAUCCACAACACCAGGAGCGGUUUGAACAGUGGCUUUGUGAAGUCAACAGCUCUGAUGGCAUCUCCCUCCUCACUGCACUUGCACAUAUGGCCACACCCAUGCAGCAUAUUGAUCGUGCCUUCAUUAAAACAGUGACACUUCUCAUAUAUCAGGUGUCUUAUGUAAGCAUGACUACCAGAGAAAUGUACUCUAAAGUCGGACGAGAGCUUCUGGCUGCCAUUGCCACAGCGCAUCCCUUCAUUAUCUCUGUGUUGUUGGAGAGACUGAGAGACACCAUACAAACCGUGGGAAUGGUGGCAUUGUACUUAUUUAAAGAACUACCUUUAAGCCUAUGGCAGCCUUGUCCAGAGGAGAUUUGUGUCAUUGGAAGUUGGCUGUUACAACAUCCACUUUCUGCUGUAGAAAACUGUCUAGCAUGUGUCAUACUUGAAGGUCUCAACUGGGGGUACACACAGGAUGGAAGAUUGGCCUUACCGUCUUGUCUUCAUAGUGAGGUUGCUCUGUUGGUGGCUGAAGCCUAUCAAAAGUACCUUACUGAUAAAGCAUAUACUGGCCUCAUAUCAGAGGGAAUUAAACAGGUAUCCUAUCUCGCAAGUGUCCUUCGUUUAGGAGUGUCUCCAGAGGUAUCUUUCAGUCAGUGGGCAUGGCAAAUAUUGCUUAGGCUGAAACUUCAUGGAAAUGCCCAAACGCCUAAAGGAGCUUGGUCAGUCCCAGCUUUAGCCUCAAAUCCACCUCCAGAACUGACACACACUCCCAGCAUGCACCCUGUUCUCAGAGCAGUAAAAUCAGGCCUCCCCAUUGGAAGCUAUAUUUCUCUUGCAAUGACUGCAGUGGGACAUAGUUUAGAAAGCUUUUGCACUGAUGGCGUUGGUUUGCUGAAAAAUCUGAUUCAGUCUCGCCAUUUAAGAGCUGCUGUGCAUUUACUUGACAACAUCUUACCACCAACUUACCACCUCAGCUUCUACCUGCUCAACAACUCACAGUUUGUAAGUUGUAUACAAACAUUCUUACAGUGUGACAGUGUUUGUCCUCAAGGUGUCACACAACAAGUCACGCACAGAGUGGCACCUCUCUUCACAGGAAACACUUAUGGUGACAAUGUCCGACUGUUAAACAGUGUCAUUCAGAGCCAUGUUGUAGAAAGUUCUCAGCCUGGCCGUGUUGGUGCUGCCGCGGUACUGGAGUUUUGGGUCAGCUUGUUGACUCAGCAAAAUUUGUGGUACAGAGACAAAACAGUCCUUUUCCUCAUGGAUCAAAUCUGUUGUGCUGCAUUCAAUCACCACCAGGAGGAGUGUGUACAGAAACUACUGUAUCAACAACACAAGACCGCCUUAGGGUUUCAUGGAGACCGAGGUCUGCUGUCUUCCAUUGUUGGCUGGUUUUCUGGGAAUGUAACACCUUCCUUUAUUGAAGGCCAGUCAUUGGCUGCUGAGGUGUGGUUUGCCUGGCUUGUGCUGAAUAUGGAGGGUGUAUUUGAGGAAGACUGCCAACUCAGAAGAUGUGUCGAACAAGAGCUUCUCUCAGACCUCAACCUCUCACCUGAACAUGCCUGGAAGAAAGCACAGCAAAGGCUAAAGUUGCCUGUAACCCCGUCUUUGCAACGAAUGCAAAUUUAUCGUUGGGCCUGUCAGGCUGUGGCCACCCCACCAGACCACCCUCUUCUUCCUUUGGUGUGGCAGAAGUUCCUGCAGCUUUAUUUCCGACAGCCUGGGCCGGAGUAUGGGUUUGCUGCAGGUGGAUGCAUAGGGCAGAGAUUCUUCCUGUCUUCUUCUCAAGUUGCCCUUCUUAAAGAUUUAAGACAGAAAAUUCAAGAAGUUUCAGAUUUUCAUCAUGCAGCCAGUCAGGCCCUUAGGGUCCCUCCCCCACAAACGCCAUCAUCAGACAGUCAAGUUGACGAAAGUUCUGGCAACCUUCAACCACCUUAUCUCACUUCACCAAAGCUUCACACAGAGCUAGUCAGGUUGUUUGGGGUUUUUGCGUUAUGGCUGGAUGAUGAGACAUUGCAAAAACAGGAGGUUUACCUGCCCUCUCUUCCUCCUGAGUAUGAACCUCACAGACUCGCACAAGUUAUGCAGCGGCAACAAGUGCCAUGGGUGGAGUUUAUAGACCAAGAGCGUCUGCAAUAUGAUGGAAUGGAGGUGCGGUCUUUGUGGGAAAAGGUGCAGAGUGAACCGACUUUUCUCCAAGCUCAAAGCUACAGUUUACCUGACUACACAAGCUUUAAUAAUGCAAGGGAACGAAUAUUAGCCAACCUAGAAAAGCAUCCAGUCCCUCAGCCGGCUCCGGAGCUACAGCCUCAGAAAGUGCCAGUGGCUGAUAUUCCCACAAAAUGUCUCACAGACUCUAGAGCUGCUGCUGAACUUUUGAAACAGGAUCUUGGCAUUCUGCAGGAUCAAGCUAGGCUUGCAGUAGCCUGUGAAGCUCAGCAGGUGGCUUUGGAGCUAGAGCUACUGGAGAGUCUCCCUCUGUUGUAUAAAAACAGACCUGAGCAAGUCACCAUGACCCUUGAAUGUAAAGGAAGAGGAGGCCAACCUUGCCAGGGACCUGCUAAUAUCACUGUGACUUGUGAAAAACUUCAGAAACAAGAAGCAACACAUUCUCAGAUAGCAUCGCUGCGUCGGGAUAUUAAGAAGCUUCAAACAGAUGCAAUGGCCCCACCGCACCAGAGUUUGGCCCAGGCAGCAGUGCACACAGAGAAUUUUAUCACGGCUCUGGUGAAUUUAUACAAGGUUCAGAGACUGCCUGCUGUGCAGCAUGUUGGUGUGGCCACAUUCUACCAGGUGGUCUCCUUUGUGUGUGAAGAUACAUUGCGGCAUCCCCCGACACGGCAGUACUUCUCUUCCUGUGUGGAGAUCCUAGGACAGGUGCACAGCAAUACACUCCAGCAAAUGCAUACUGCAAGAGGCACGAGGGACGCAAAAGUGGUGUUUAUCCAGGGCAAUGCAGCAGAGUGUGGCCAAGUUUUGAAAACCAUUCUGGAACAAAGACGUCUCUGCCCUCUCAUUUCUCCUUUCUUUACGCCGAACGCCGCACCAGAUCAGCUUGUGUUUUUGUACCAAGAUGUGGUGACAUCCCUUGACCUGGAAACCACUGAUGUCAUAUUUAUGCUGCUCACUAAGUUUGACCUAGUCCAGUGGCUCACUGAAACAAAUCCUGUCUUUUCUGAGAGGACACGUUUGCUGGAGUUAGUUCAUGGUGCUCUGUGUGUGUGUGGCAAAGAACCUGAAAAAGAACUUCUUACACCAUUCCAUGUUUUCACCAAACACUGGACCUUGAUUUUACGUCAUCAUUUUCCUGACCACUACAGUGAUUGUCUGCGUCUGCUUAUGAACAGCUCAUCUGAUCAGUUACUGAGUCCAGAGUGUUGGAAGGUGACUUUGCGCGUGCUGGGCUGCCUACCUUCAUUACACAACAAGACCAAAGAUGCACAGGUCCAAAACAUUUUAGAUUCUUCUGGCCGUGCUGUUGGACAUCAAACCUCUUCUUAUAGAUCUCCCAUCAGCCUCUCUCCUCAGCAGGUAGAGGAAACUCUUGAAUGGCUCAGUGAAUAUUUUCAACGAAGUCGUCUCACUAAAAGUGAUCUUCGCAGUUUUGGUCUUUAUUCGGUGUGGGCUCCCUACAUCACCGAUGUUGUGUCCUUCUGGGAACAUUUGAUUGGUACUUUAAUCAGCGUACAAGCAAGCAACUGUGCAAAAGAAUCAGUGGGCAGCAGCAAAAUAUUAAAAUCUUUGCAAAACUUACACAGUAAGAUCGUAAAGUUAUUUAGUCCAUGGAUCUUCCCUCUGGACACAGAAGAUGGCAGUAAUGUUAAGUGUUAUCCCUGGCUGGAAACUGAUGCAAAUCUUGCUGGAGCUUUGGUUGGACUUUAUACUCAACUGACAGAGACAUUGCACCACAGGUUCAGAGACCGUUUGCUCCCUGGGCAGAGGGGUACCCUAUGGCUGUGUAUGAUGCAGUAUUGUAGGAGUUGUACUGCCCCCCGGACCCCUGAAUACCUGCUCUAUCUCUAUCACACACACCUUCGCAGCCUCCCCUGGAGACACCUAUACCCGGACACUCAACUCAUGGAGCAGCUCUUCAAUGUUGAAAGAGGAAGCCCCAAAAGUUGCUUUUUAUUCAUGGGGGAAAUUUUAUGUGAUGUGAAUUGGGUCAGUGUUUUAAGUGAACACCUACAAACACAUCCAUCUCUGGCAUUAGAUGCUCAGAAGGAAUCACACAGUAUGCUGGUUUAUCUGCUGUACAUGCUUGUUUUUCUUGCUAAAGAGGAGCAACUUCUAAUUCUACAAGAUUCCCCAUUACUUAGUUUGUUGGUCCAGUCCAUAUCGCUGCCAUGGCAGCGCUUGGAUAUGUCUUCAUACCAAGGGAUUCUGGGAUAUGUCAGCACCCACUACCCUCCCUCUCUCCUUCUCAAUCCUGAUUCUGCGCCUCAACUGUUACUUAAAUUACUGCGUAGUGCGGCUGGGCUGCACCAUAGCAUCAGUCCUGAGCCGCAUGUGGAGGAAACACUGAAGGCUGGAGCAUACAUACGUUGGUGUGUUCAAUCAUUAGUCACUCUAGAACAAGGAGGCAGCAUUACUCUGAGCAGUCUGGAGAUCCAGCUUGACACACUGUUGGAAGGCAUUGUCACUUUCAACCCACCAGAAACAGGCUUGGAGCAGCGACACAUGGCAUUUUGCAAUCUCUUUAGUGAUGCACUGACUCUGCUCAAUGGUGUGGGCGUUUCGACAGGAGAGGCUCUAGCUGCUCAUGUCAUUUCCUGGCUUAACCAGAAGGGAAGGAGUUUUCCUGUUCUACCUCUUCUUACUGCCUGUUCGCGGUGUCUGGCAUCAGUCAGACACAUGACGCGCAUAAUGGAGGCCUGCAUUACCGCUUACUUUAAUCAUGUUGAAGAAGAGUCUACUGGAUGGGGUCCCGUGCUGGCAUCCCUUCAGGUGCCCGAGCUCACAAUAGAUGACUUUCUUUCUGAGAGCCAAUCAGGUGGGAGCUUCCUGACUCUCUAUGCCUUCAUCCUCCAGCGCCUUAACAGUGAAUACACUGCAGCCAAUGAGCGGAAGAUUUUGGCUUUAAUCAACACAUGGAGCAAUCAGGUGUUCCCCAGUGGACCCGCUGAUGAGGCCAAACUGUUUCUUUGGUGGCACAAGACCCUUUGUCUGUCAGCUGAGCAGUUGCAGCCACAGGCAGGAAAUACUGAGGUGUCAGGAAUUAUCAUGGGUUUGUUGAGGCUGCAAACAAGGUUACUUCAGAUGGGAGAGGAGCGUUUAAACUCUGGCUUGCUUGGAGCUAUAGGUCUUGGAAAGCGAUCCCCUGUUUCUAAAAAUUUCAGAGUGGUGGUACGAUGCCUCUCGGUGUUUCUCUCAAUUCAGGUGCCAUCAGAGGAAGAGUCUGAGCUGCGACUUCAACCCACUACUGAACUUUCUGUGAAAGCACAACAAGCACUAUCUGCAUUGGAAGCUUUGCCAAGCAAUAAGCACUAUUCUGAGUAUGAAGAAUGCGUAAAGAGCGCAGUCGAAUUUAUGCGUUACCCCGGACACUGUCUUAAGGAUGGACCUCGACUGCUGGCUCUACUUGUCAACCUUUUGUAUCCUAAUGUUAGAUACCUUCACAUAAUCCACAAAUUGUGACUUCAACAGGAGGAUUUUUUCUUUUCAGACGGUAUUCUCUUAUUGGGUCAUAAUGUUGCCACGUAUUUACCCACUAGUUCCAAACUAUUCUAACGAUUCUAGCAAAAAAUUUGCAAAUAUUAAAAAUGGCAGUUCUAGCUCUUUGGUAAAUCAAACAUCAAUCAGUUUUGUGGUAGGCUUUUUUGCCAUGAUUUCUUAAGCUAAUAGCUUUUAAUAUUUUCAUUCAUGACUCACAACCAUCUAUGUACUUGUUAUAAAGUGGGGCACAAAUUUUGACUUGGUAUUUAAUUUUCUUCAGAUUGUGUGGCGCAUCUUUGUAUUAAGAUCUGACAAAAUAUGAUACUUGACAUUUAGAUUUUAGUUGGAGGCAUGAGUAAAAUAGAAGGCCGUAUGUUAUACAAAUGUUAGUAUUAAUGCUCUCAUCUGGCUAUGAAUUUGCCUUCACUGUUGUGCUGUGUGCAAAAAAUAUGGAAACAUUUGCUUGUUUUUGACCAAAAUGUAUUUGUGCUUUCUUUGUUUCAACCAAAGAGAUGUAUUUUUGUCCAGUCACCUUAAAAAUCCUAUACUCUG